AAAGAACAUGGCGGUUAGUUGAUGGAAAGGUGUACGUAAACAAAACGUUAAGUUUUACUAAUCUUGUAAUUAACAGUUACUUGUAAAUAGUAAUAAUAAUAAUAAAUGUAUAUAAAUAUAUAUACAUAAUUGUAAAUAAUUAGAUAUAUAAUAUAUGAUUAUUAAAGACAUAUGUGCAAUAUUGUUACAUGUGAACAACAUACAUCUACUGUACAUUCAAAAAAUCAAUAAUUUUUUGUAAGAGUUUAAAAUCAUAUUAAUUUAUUGAGUGCUAAUUAUAAAAAAUGGCUGAUUCUGAAGAGGAAAAUGAUAAAGAUAUAAUAUCUGGAAUUAAUAUGACUGGUUUUUUAUUUGGAAACAUUGAUGACAAUGGUCAAUUGGAAGAUGAUAUUCUUGAUCCAGAGGCAAAGCAACACAUAACUUCAUUAAAUAGACUCGGAUUAAGUUCGUUUAUUCGCGAAAUGAUGUUAAAUGAAGAUGUUAUUGAAGAAAAGGGUAAUGAAUCUAAUGAUAAAAUUGAAGAAGAAAAUAAUAUAACUGAUGAAAAAGAUAUAAAUUAUGUGGAAAAAUCACCUAGUGCACUUGAUUUUUCUGAUAUAAAUGAGUUAGCAGAAGAUGAAAAAGAAGAAAGUAUUAAACAGGACAUGUUUGAAGGUAAACCUGAGAAGGAAAAUGCUGAUUAUGAUGCAGAUGAUGAAGAAGUUAUUAUUAAAUCUGAUACACAAUUAAUGCCACCUCCUCCAAUACCUGAAGAAAAAGAAGCACUUACAGCAGAAGAAGCAGAAGCUGCACGUCAGCGUAAAUUAGAAACUCCUCUUGCUUCUAUGCUACCAUCAAAAUAUGCCAAUGUUGAUGUUACUGAAUUAUUUCCUGACUUUCGAGCUAAUAAAGUUCUAAGAUUUUCAAGAUUAUUUGGUCCAGGAAAACCUAGUAGUCUUCCACAAAUAUGGAGAGGUGUCAAAAAGAGACGUAAAAAGAAACGUCAUCAUGAUGUUAGAGAUUCUGAUUCUGGUUCUGAUCAAGAAGAAAAAAAAUCAAAAUUUAAAGGUUGGGUAAUGCAAUAUAGUACAGAUCAAACUCCAGAUAUGUAUUGUUCUGAUGAUGAAAAUAAAUUAUUAAUGCCAAUAGAAGAUAAAGAACAAAUUGGUAAAACAGGUGAAAUUGGUGAAAAUGGAGAUAUGGGACCAAAAGUAGCAGAUUGGCGAUUUGGUCCUGCACAACUUUGGUAUGAUAUGCUUCAAGUUCCAGAAACUGGAGAUGGUUUUAAUUAUGGAUUCAAACUUAUUGAUAAGACAGAUGAAUUAAAUAAUAAAGAUAAAAAUAUUAGAGAUACUAAUGAAGAAUUUUCUGAUGAUGCAUUUUUAAUGGUAUCACAAUUGCAUUGGGAAGAUGAUGUUAUAUGGAAUGGUGAUGAUAUAAAGCACAAGGUAUUACAGAAAUUAAAUAGUAAAAAUAAUGCGGCUGGAUGGGUACCAUCCAGUGGAAAUAGAACUGCUCAGGCAUUUAGUCAACCAGGCAAAGGUGCACCUGUAUCAGUUACAUCAAAUGUUCGAUUAGCCACUUCACAAAUUACAACUCCAUUACAUAUGCAAUCUCAAAAAACUAAAAUGAACAUGAAUAAAGCAAAUCAGCAACAAAAUCGAGAAGAAAAUUAUGACGAUACUUGGUAUUCGAUUUUUCCUGUAGAAAACGAAGAAUUGGUAUAUGGUCUUUGGGAGGAAGAAGUGAUUUGGGACCCUGAAAAUAUGAAAAAAAUUCCUAAACCUAAAAUUCUUACUUUGGAUCCCAAUGAUGAGAAUAUUGUUCUUGGUAUUCCUGAUGAUAUAGAUCCAGCAUUAGUUCAUAAAGAUAAUGGACCUCAACCAAAAGUGAAAAUACCUCAUCCUCAUGUUAAGAAAAGUAAAUUAUUAUUGGGAAAAGCUGGAGUAAUUAAUGUAUUAGAAGAAGAUACUCCACCACCACCACCAAAAUCACCUGAUAGAGAUCCAUUUAAUAUUUCAAAUGAUACAUAUUAUAUGCCACGAUCAUCAGAAACAACAUUACGAUUAAAAGUUGGAGGUGGAAAUUUGAUACAACAUAGUACACCUGUAGUAGAAUUACGUGUUCCAUUUGUUCAAACUCAUAUGGGUCCAAUGCGCCUUCGAAAUUUUCAUAGACCACCCUUAAGAAAAUUUAGUCAUGGUCCAGUUGCUCAUUCUGGUCCACAUUCUGUAUUGCCAUUAAUAAAACACAUAAAAAAAAAAGCUAAACAAAGAGAACAAGAAAGAAUUGCAUCUGGCGGAGGUGAUGUCUUCUUUAUGAGAACUCCUGAAGAUUUAACUGGCAAAGAUGGUGAAUUAGUACUUAUCGAAUUUUCUGAAGAGCAUCCUCCUUUAAUGAAUCAGGUAGGAAUGUGUUCUAAAGUGAAAAAUUACUACAAAAGAAAAGCGGGAAAAGAUCAAGGACCACAGAAAUACAAAUAUGGUGAAACUGCUUAUGCUCAUACUAGUCCAUUCCUUGGAAUUCUUACACCUGGUCAAAGCAUACAAGCAGUUGAAAAUAAUAUGUAUAGAGCCCCAAUUUACGAACACAAAAUUCCAGAGACAGAUUUUUUAGUUAUCAGAACAAGACAACAAUAUUAUAUCAGAGAAGUGGAUGCUUUAUUUGUUGCUGGUCAAGAAUGUCCAUUAUAUGAAGUUCCAGGUCCUAAUUCAAAAAGAGCUAAUAAUUUUGUGAGAGAUUUUUUACAAGUAUUUAUAUAUAGAUUAUUUUGGAAAUCUCGAGAUACUCCUCGACGUAUUAAAAUGGAUGAUAUUAAAAGAGCAUUUCCUUCACAUAGUGAAAGUAGCAUUAGAAAACGUUUGAAAUUAUGUGCUGAUUUUAAAAGAACAGGCAUGGAUUCAAAUUGGUGGGUUAUAAAACCUGACUUUAGAUUACCAACAGAAGAAGAAAUUCGAGCAAUGGUCUCUCCAGAACAAUGUUGUGCUUAUUUUAGUAUGAUUGCUGCUGAACAAAGAUUAAAAGAUGCUGGAUAUGGUGAAAAGUUCCUAUUUACUCCUCAAGAUGAUGAUGAUGAAGAAAUGCAAUUAAAAAUGGAUGAUGAAGUGAAAGUUGCACCUUGGAAUACAACACGAGCAUAUAUUCAAGCUAUGAAAGGUAAAUGUUUGUUACAAUUGGCAGGACCAGCUGAUCCUACAGGUUGUGGUGAAGGAUUUUCUUAUGUUCGAGUGCCAAAUAAACCUACAAUUAGCAAAGAAGAACAAGAAGCUCAACCAAAGAGAACAGUAACUGGAACUGAUGCUGAUUUAAGAAGAUUAUCAUUAAACAAUGCAAAAGCAUUACUUCGAAAAUUCGGUGUUCCUGAAGAAGAAAUUAAAAAAUUAUCGCGAUGGGAAGUAAUUGAUGUUGUUAGAACAUUAUCUACAGAAAAGGCCAAAGCUGGUGAAGAAGGUAUGACUAAGUUUUCUCGAGGAAAUCGGUUUUCUAUUGCUGAGCAUCAAGAAAGAUACAAAGAAGAAUGUCAAAGAAUCUUCGAUUUACAAAAUCGUGUUUUAUCUUCUAAUGAAGUUUUAAGUACAGAUGAAGGCGAAAGUUCUGAAGAAGAUAGUUCUGACAUAGAAGAGAUGGGUAAAAAUAUAGAAAAUAUGCUUUCCAAUAAGAAAACUAGUACGCAAUUAUCUCUUGAACGAGAGGAACAACAACGACAUGAAUUACGAAAAAUGUUGAUGGGGGAAGUUCAAGAACAAGAUAAAAAAACCAAAGAAAAAAAGAAAGAUGAUGAAGAAGAUAGUCCUGUAAAUAAUUUUAAUUCACAACAGGGUAGGGUUCUUAAAAUUUAUCGAACGUUUAGAAAUCCAGAAGGCAAAGAAUAUACAAGAGUAGAAUUAGUAAGAAAAUCAGCAGUAAUAGAUACUUAUAUAAAAAUUAGAAAUUCUAAAGAUGAAACAUUUAUUAAACAAUUUGCAACAUUGGAUGAAGCACAAAAAGAGGAAAUGAAGAGGGAGAAAAGAAGAAUUCAGGAGCAAUUACGUAGAAUUAAACGGAAUCAAGAACGAGAACGUAUGCUUGGUGGUCCCAUGACAGGAAAUAAUGCAUCAUCGAGUAAUAUAUUCGAUCGUAGUAGUAACAAUACCCCAACAACUACAUCCUCGAAUAGUAUCCUUCCAUUCUGUAAUUCUUUCCAAUCUACUUCUCCUGCUUCUAAACAUCCUAAACCUGAUAUAUCUCCUUCUAAACGUAAGAAACCUAAACUUAAACCAGAUCUUAAACUAAAAUGUGGUGCUUGCGGUAAUGUAGGUCACAUGCGUACGAAUAAAGCUUGUCCCUUAUAUCAGAAUAGCAUAACUACAGCACCAGUAAAUGUUGCGAUGACAGAGGAACAGGAGGAAGAGAUUGAAAAACAACUCAAUACAGAUGAUCAAGAUCUCGUUAACGUAGAUGGAACUAAAGUGAAAUUAUCAUCUAAAUUAAUUAAGCAUGCUGAAGAAAUGAAAAGACGUACGUUACUUUUGAAAGUGCCCAAGGAAGCAGUAAAUUCCAAAAAACGAAGGAGAGCUACUGGAGAUGACCAUUGUGAUUAUCUUAAACGACAACAGAGACCUGCUAAUAGGCGUAGAACAGAUCCUGUUGUUGUUAUGUCUACAAUGCUAGAAAGUAUACUUAACGAAAUGAGAGACUUACCUGAUGUUCAACCUUUUCUAUUUCCUGUUAAUGCCAAGGCUGUUCCUGAUUAUUAUAAAAUUAUACAAAGGCCUAUGGAUUUGCAAACUAUACGUGAAAAUUUAAGAUUAAAAAAAUAUCAAAGUCGAGAAGAAUUUUUAGCUGAUGUUAAUCAAAUUGUAGAAAAUUCAACUCUAUAUAAUGGAAUAAAAAGUUCAUUAACAGUAGCAGCCAAACGUAUGUUGGAAACUUGUGUAGAAAGACUUGGAGAAAAAGAAGAUCGUCUGAUGAGAUUAGAGAAAGCAAUUAAUCCUUUAUUGGAUGACAAUGAUCAAGUUGCUCUUACUUUUAUUUUAGACAAUGUUGUAAAUAAUAAAUUGAAAUCUAUGACAGAAGCUUGGCCAUUUUUAAAACCAGUUAAUAAGAAAUUAGUGAAAGAUUACUAUAAUGUUAUUAAGAGACCUAUGGAUUUAGAAACUAUAUCUAAAAAAGUAUCUGCACAUAAAUAUCAUAAUCGUCAUGAAUUUCUUAGAGAUAUCGAACAAAUUUUGGAAAAUUGUACAGUAUACAAUGGAAAGGAAUCUCCAUUUACACAAAAAGCAGAAUUGCUAGUGAAAGUUUGCAAAGAAACAUUAGAUGAGUAUGAUGAACAUUUAACACAGUUAGAAAACAAUAUAUUAUUAGUACAAAAACGAGCAAUGGAACAAGCAGACAUAGAUUCUUCAUGGCUUGGAGCAGAUGAAGAAAAUUAUACUAUUGUAGAACCAGAAUUUAGAGGGAAUGUUUUUUUACAGAGUCAAACAAGUUCGCCAGAAAAUCCAUUUGGAAAAACGAACAUGGAAGAUUUUGAUUUUGUGGAUGUAGAAGGAGAUAUGGAAGGUGAUGGUAGUAGAAGUGUAAAUUCUAAAAAAAAAGAUGUUCUUGAAGAAGAUUUACAAUUCUCUAGUGAAGAUGAAUUUGAUGAGGUUCCAUUUGGUACGGAUGAACAGUCUGAGAAUGCUGAAAUGGAAACACUUGAAUUGAAUGAAGUUAGAGAAAAUACAGAAGGCGGAGUAGUAUUGGCGGAUGAUGAUAGUCAACAAGCAGCGGAAGCAAUGGUUCAAUUGGGUAAUGUCGGUUUUUAUAUGACGGACCAACAAUUGCUUCAGCAAGACGAAAGUAUGGAUGUUGAUCCAAACUAUGAUCCUUCUGACUUUUUGUUAGCUGGUUUACCAGCCAGAGAUGAAAAAACUGAGAAUAAAAUACAGGAUGAUCUUGCUGUAUCUGAAAGCGAUGAUGAUGCAGAAAAUAAUGCGAAACAAAAACAAAAAACAUCACAACCAUUACCACAACCAGAAGAAGAUGUUGGUGGUGAUCUUUGGUUUUAAACAAAUAUCAUUUAUUUUUAGUAAUAAAAUUAUUUUGUAGUUUACUUCUUAAAUCAAAAGAAUUAUAUUACAAAAUGAGAAAAAAGUAAGAGAAAAUCAAAAUAUUUAUUUCUUAUAGGAAUAAUUGAAUUUCAAUAUUUGAAAUUAAAUGAAAUGUGUAUGUUGUUUAAAAUGAAUGAUUUUA